AUGUCCUACGGACAGCAAAAUCCAUACUCGCACGGCCCGGCAGAAGAGGCCGCCCGCCCUUACGGCCAGACCGGCCCUCCUGCGCAGGAUCAGUACGAGUUGCAAAGCUAUGGCCAGCCCUACGAGCAACAACAGCAGCAGCAACAACAACAACAACAACGGCAGCAACAACAAGCCGCGCAGCCGGCCGUCUCGCCGAGGGUGCUUGACCAAAAGGCCUUUCUGGACCGCGUCAAGCAGCUCCGCCAGGAGAUCGAGGGCGUCUCGACGUCGGUGGACUACAUCGGCCAGCUGCAUCAGCGAACCCUGGCCAGCGCAGACGCCCAAGCCAAGGACCAGCUCGAGCACUACGUGACGCAGACCCAGGUCCGGAUCACGGCCGUCAAGGACGGCAUCAAGGGCCUCGAGCGCGACCUCGCAAACACCACCGACCACAACCGAAACACCAAGCAGACGCAGCUGCAGUCCCUCAGGACCAUCUUCAAAGCCCAGCUCGCCAAGUACCAGAGCGUGGAGCACGAGUACCAGCAAAAGUAUAACCAGCAGAUCCGCCGCCAGUACGAGAUUGUCUACCCCGAUGCGACCGAGCAAGAGAUUCAGCAGGCCAUGGACGCCGAUUGGAGCAACGAAGGCGUCUUCCAGUCCGCGCUCAAGGAUAAUCGCACCGGCCAUGCCAGGUCGCUGCUCGGAAACGUCCGCGCUCGCCACAACGAGCUCCAGCGCAUUGAGCAGACUCUGUCCGAGCUCGCCCUCAUGUACCAGGAGCUCGCCACUGUCGUCGAGCAGCAAGACCCCGUCAUCCGAGCCGCCGAGGACAACGCCCAGGAAACCACGGACAACAUCCGCGCAGGCAACGCUCAAGUCGAAAAGGCCACGGAAUCGGCCAAGCGCGCCCGCAAGCUCAAGUGGUGGUGCCUGCUCGUCGUCGUCCUCAUCAUCAUCGCCAUCGCCCUCGGCGUCGGCCUCGGCAUCUGCCUCACCGGCGACAGGUGCAGCAAACGUAAAGAUUGA